AUGGAGGAAGAACGUGGCACCGAAUUCACGGGAGAGCAGUGUGAACAACAAAUUGUUCAAAAUGUUGCACUGUUUAGUCCAGCGUCAUACAACAUGCCUCAAUUUCGGUUUCUACAUUUGCCAUCCUCAGCAGUUCGCAAUUCUUGGGUGGCUUGGAUUCGCUGGUUUGAAAAUGUCAUGGUUGCUACUGGCAUUAAGGAUGGAAUCACACGUAAAGCACAGUUGUUAGCAAUUGGUGGAGCUGAACUACAAUCUGUAUAUUACGGUAUCACUGGUGAUGACUCAGACGUUUCAGAUGGAACUGAUCCAUACCAGAAGGCGAAACAAAUGCUCUCUGACCAUUUUGCCCCGAAACAACACGAGAGCUAUGAAAGAUUUGAAUUUUGGACGUUGAAAAAGGGCGAUGAUGAACCUAUUGAGAAAUAUUUGAUUCGCAUUAAGCAACAGGCUGAAAAAUGUUAUUUUGGAAAAACGGAAAUUGAAAGUCGCCAGAUUGCAAUUCUAGACAAACUUAACCAAAAUGCUCCAGAAGAACUGCGCCGAAAACUGCUUGAGAAACAACACCUGUCGUUGGAUGAUGCAACACGCAUUGUGAACUCAUUUCAAGCGAUAAAAUACCAAGCAGCUAGAAUAAGUCAGCAAUCGAAUACAACGCAAAUCAAUCGAGUUGAUUUUAAUAGAACAUCGCUCAAUAAAAACAAAUAUAAAAUGGAGUAUAAACCAGUAAAAUGUGCAAUGUGUGGUUUUGCCAAACAUCGUGAAGCAGACACGACGUUUUACGUCAUCGAAGGAGGUCAGCAGCCUUUACUGGGCAAAGUAACAGCUCAAAACUUGGGGCUUUUAAGAGUUGGGCUACCAAGCUGUGUCAACAAUCAAGUGAAUCGAGUCAACACGGACAAGUCCUUUCCCAAAAUCAAAGAUUUCCAACUGACACUUCCUAUUGAUGAUUCUAUACCAGCAGUUAUACAACCACUCCGCCGUUGUCCUAUUCCUAUGUUGCAAAAAGUGAAAGAGAAGUUAGAUGAGCUUUUGAGCGUAGGUAUUAUCGAGCGUGUUGAUAAACCUUCUCCAUGGGUUUCACCGUUGGUUCCGAUCAUCAAAGACAACGGAGAUUUACGACUUUGUGUAGAUAUGCGAAAAGCCAAUAAAGCUAUACAACGGUUGAAUCAUCCUUUACCAAUUUUCGACAACAUCCUACCAAAAUUAAAUGGAGCUAAAUUUUUCACUACACUUGACGUCAAACAGGCUUUCCAUCAAGUAGAACUGGCGGAAGAAAGUCGAUAUAUUACUACGUUCAUCACAAACUGGGGCUUGUUUCGCUACACCAGAUUAUUAUUUGGAAUAAAUUACGCUCCUGAAUUUUUCCAAAGUCUAAUGGAGUCCAUUCUAGCAGAAUGCAAAAAUACAGUUGUGUUCAUAGACGACAUAGUUGUCUGGGGAGCUACUGAAACGGAACACGAUGACGCAGUUAAAACAACUUUAGCUGCAUUGACCAACAAAGGAAUUGCGUUGAAUGUAAACAAGUGUCGGUUCAAACAACGAGAAAUUGACUUUUUGGGACAUAAGCUCUCUGGUAUUGGAGUUGCACCAGCAGAUUCUAAAGUAAAAUCUAUACUACAAUGCAGGCCUCCACAGACGAAAGAAGAACUACGUAGUUUUCUGGGUUUGGUGACCUACGUCGCUAAGUUUAUCCCCGAUCUUGCUAAAGUUAGCCAUUCUAUCCGACAACUGCUAAAGAACCCGAUUUAA